AUUUAUCCAUGUGAAAUUCAAUACUUACAAAAAAAAAAACUUUUUCAAGGGUGAGAUGAGAGUCCAUACUCGAGAGACACAAACAGUAAGAGACAGAUACACAGUGCAGGAAUUAUGGCAUGAAAAAGAUCAAAACUGCAUUAAACAACCUCAUUUACUCCUUCACCUACACUCGCCAAUUUUCAGAAGCUGCAGUUUCUUUGCCUUAACACACUCUCUCUCUCUCCCUCCCUUUCUCUCUCCCUCAUCUUAUGCACCCUUCACUCAAUAACUUCACUUUUUAUGUAUAGCAAAACCAGAACACAAAUGUGGAAAAAAUGAGCCAAAAGUGAUGGAUGGAGUUUACAUUUCUAGCUUAAAAAAAUGCCCAUAAGCUAGUUUUCGAUCCAGAGUGUCUGUUUCUGUUGAUAUUAAAUCCUAAAUAAGACGAAUGAUCUUGGGUUUUGACAAGGCUGCUGUCUUAUUAUUAGCUACCGGUGUAGGUGAAUAUUCUUGAUUUUCUCAUCUUUGUGAAAUGCAUUUUCUCUCCUCAUACUUUGUUGUAAAAAUAUUGUAUUAAUUUCAAUUUUUUCUUCUGGGAAAAAUAUUGGGUUUUGUGGAGUUGAGGUUUGACACUAUUUAGUUAUGGACUUGUGUAGUUGUUUGUUAGAUGAUAUAUUCAUAUGGGUGUCCAAGAUUUAUACAUGGAAAGCUAGAUUUCUUGCCCAAAUGCUCAUAUUCUUUGUGUUGUUUUGUAACCUGUCUAGAGUGGUUGUGAGUCUAGGCUCCAUGUCUUCAGUUUCUGUUUCUUAUGGAGAAAAGGGUCCUGUUUUCUGUGGUAUAAAAUCAGAUGGGUCUCAUCUGGUGACUUGUUUUGGUUCGAAUCCGGCUAUAAUUUAUGCAACUCCUUCGAAUCUGCAAUUUAUUGGUCUUACUGCUGGUAGUGGAUUUGUUUGUGGACUUUUGAUGGCUUCUAACCAACCUUAUUGUUGGGGAAAUAGUAAUUUUAUCGGGAUAGGGGUUCCCCAACCAAUGUCUGAAGGUUCGCAAUACCUGGAAAUUAGUGCAGGUGAUCAGCAUUUAUGCGGUUUGCGUAUACCUUUAAAGGGUAAACAUAGGAAUGUUUCUCUAGUUGAUUGUUGGGGGUAUAAUAUGACGAAGAACCAUGUUUUUUAUGGGCAAACUCAGUCUAUUUCAGCUGGUUCGGAGUUUAAUUGUGGAUUAUUUGCACAGAACAGAAGUGUUUUUUGUUGGGGUGAUGAGACUAGUAGUAGAGUGAUCAGUUUAAUUCCUAACAAGAGGUUUCAGAGAAUUGCAGCUGGUGGGUAUCAUGUUUGUGGGAUUUUGGAGGGAGUUGAUUCUCGAGCAUAUUGUUGGGGAACAAGUUUGGGUGAACAAGUGGAAAUAUCUUACACAAACUUAGCUGAACAUAAUGUGGACUUUGCUCCAAGUGAUCCGAUGCUUGCUGUUGUGGGCGGGAAGUUUCAUGCUUGUGGAAUAAAGAGUUACAAUCGUGAAGUUGUUUGUUGGGGCUAUCUUAUUGAAGGAAGUACUCCGCCUCCCAAAGGAGCUAGGCUAUAUGGUAUCACUGCUGGUGACUAUUUUACAUGUGGGGUUCUUGCGGAGACUUCUCUUAGGCCUGUUUGUUGGGGUUCUGGACUUCCGUCUUCGCUCCCUUUAGCUGUUUCUCCUGGUUUUUGUAAGCCUAAUCCUUGUGUACCUGGUUAUUAUGAAUUUAAUAAUGGCAGUGCACCUUGCAGAACUGGGUAUCGAAUUUGUCUGCCUUGCAGUGAGAGCUGUCCUGCUGAAAUGUAUCAGACAUAUAAGUGCACUUUAACAUCUGAUAGACAGUGCGGAUAUAAUUGUUCUGAUUGUACCUCAGGUGAAUGUCAUGCAGGCUGUUCUAGUUUAACUUCUGCUACUGGAAAGAAGAAUUCAAAAUAUUGGUCCCUUCAACUGCCAGUGAUCAUUGCUGAGGUUGCCUUUGCUGUUUUCUUGUCAAGUAUAGUGUCUUUGACUGCUAUUUUAUAUGUUCGUUACAAGUUAAGGAACUGUCGAUGUUCCUCCAAAGGACAAAAAAUUAAGAAAAGUAAUGCCAGCUCUUCUCCAAGAAAUCGUGGGAAGGUGCAGCCAGAUGUAGAGGAGAUUAAGAUUAGGAGAGCACAGUUGUUCACGUACGAAGAUCUUAAAAAUGCAACUCAUGGCUUUAAAGAAGAAUCACAAGUAGGAAAGGGGAGUUUUUCCUGCGUCUUCAAAGGAAUAUUGAAGGAUGGAUCGGUAGUUGCAGUUAAACGAGCUAUUAUAUCUGCUGACAUGAAGAAAAAUUCAAAAGAGUUCCACACCGAACUUGAUCUCUUGUCAAGAUUGAAUCAUGCACAUCUGCUUAAUCUACUUGGUUAUUGUGAAGAAGGCGAAGAGAGACUUCUGGUUUACGAGUACAUGGCCAAUGGAUCAUUGCAUCAACACCUUCACAGCAAGAACAAAACCGUCAAGGAGCAACUAGAUUGGGUUAAGAGAGUCACUAUUGCUGUACAGGCUGCUCGAGGAAUUGAAUAUUUGCACGGUUAUGCCUGUCCCCCUGUGAUUCAUCGAGACAUUAAGUCUUCAAAUAUACUCAUUGAUGAGGAACAUAAUGCUCGAGUAGCUGAUUUUGGCCUAUCUUUGUUGGGGCCUGCGAAUAGUAGCUCCCCUUUGGCUGAGUUACCCGCAGGCACACUUGGUUAUCUUGAUCCAGAGUAUUAUAGACUGCAUUACCUCACAACAAAGUCCGAUGUCUAUAGCUUUGGGGUUUUACUUUUGGAAAUUCUCAGUGGUCGAAAGGCCAUUGACAUGCAAUUUGAAGAGGGAAAUGUAGUUGAAUGGGCCGUUCCUUUGAUCAAAUCAGGAGAUAUUCAAGCGAUUCUAGAUCCAGACUUGACGCCUGCAACUGAUAUGGAAGCUUUAAAAAGAAUUGCAAAUGUGGCUUGUAAAUGUGUCAGGAUGAGAGGCAAAGAAAGGCCAUCAAUGGAUAAAGUAACGACAGCACUAGAGCAAGCUCUUGCUUUGCUAAUGGGGAGUCCAAGUAUUGAGCAACCAAUUCUGCCAACUGAAGUCAUUUUGGGAAGCAGUCGAAUGCAUAAAAAGUCAUCACAAAGAUCAUCAAAUCAGUCGGUUUCAGAAGCCGAUGUGGCAGAAAGUAGCGAGGAUCAAAGGAAUGAGUUCCGGGCUCCUUCGUGGAUUACUUUUCCAAGUGUUGCUUCUUCCCAGAGGAGGAAAUCUUCCGUUUCGGAGGCAGACGUUGAUGGGAAAAUAACAGAAGCUAGGAAUAUAGGAAAUGUAGGAAGCAUGGGUGAUGGAUUGAGAAGCUUGGAGGAAGAGAUUGGACCAGCUUCUCCUCAAGAAAACUUGUUUUUGCAACACAACUUCUAAUAUGAAGUUGGUUCAAGGAAGAAAUAUCAGGACAAGUAUGGGAGAAAAUUAGAGUAAUGUAAUCCCCUUGAUUACAUAUAUAUUAUUAGUGUCGCCUCCACUUUCGCACGCAUCUAAUAAUUCGUAACAUUCACUUUUGUAUUCGUAAUAUUUACUUUUGUAUUUGGUUCGCAAUGUCUUCUUCACUGCCUGACUCGUUUUUUAACCGAGUUAGGGGCACAUGCCCAAGAAUUUUUAUUGAAUAAUUAUAUAAUUUUCUACAA